AUGGACAGGUCUAACCAGAAUAAAUCAGGAUAUGAUGGCACAGAAAUUUUUCUUCCAUUUCGUUGCUACUGUGCUAGAAAAGAUAUUAACUGCCAAGAUGCGAUUGUGGAGGACUUUAGUGUGGCCAAAGGAAUACUUGAAUAUGUGCAACAUAAUUCAAUCGAGACUCUGGUACUCGGUGCAUCAAAGAUGACUCUUUUAAGAAGGCUCAAAGCAGCGGAUGUUUCAAACACCGUCAUGAAAAGGGCGCCAAGUUUCUGUACAGUAUAUGCAAUCUCUAAAGGAAAGAUAUCAUCUAUGAGAUCAGCUACAUCUUCACUUCUGAAUUCCACUCCCCGACAGCAUGUAUCCGCUCAAAGGAGCAAUCUAAAUGUUGAAAGGAGGCAAAGAACAAUGCAAAGAACCCAUGACGAGAUUGAGAUCAAUUUUAACUUUCGGCAACCAACAAUGGUAAUGUUAACCAACAACACUCUAAAUAGGUCUCCGUUUAUGAGAAGAGGAUACGAAGGAACUUAUCAACCAUCAAUGACAGACUCAGACAUAUCAUUUGUGGGUAGUGGAAGACCGAGCGUGGAUCUAAUGUUUCCUUCCUUUUCUGACAAUGUGGAUGUUCCUCGAGUCUCACUCAGCUCUGAGUAUGAUGAGAAUCGACUUAGUUCUACUAUAUCAAUCACAUCAGAUAAGCAGUCUAUAGAUCUUGGCUCUUCAUAUGCAGCAUUCUCUUCAAGCUCACUUGAAAGUGGGAGACAAUCAUUUACACUAUCUAGCCAAGAUGAGAUUGAAGCUGAGAUGAGAAGACUGAAAAUGGAGCUAAAGUAUACAAUGGACAUGUAUAAUACUGCAUGUAAGGAAGCAAUUUCUGCAAAGAGGACGGCUAAUGAGUUACACAAGUGGAAAUUAGAAAAGGAACAGAAACUACAAGAGGUAAGACUCGCCAAGGAAGAAGCAAUCGCGAUGGCGGCGAGUGAGAAAGAAAAGAGCAUAGCAGCCAUGGAAGCUGCAGUGGAAGCUCAGAGAAGAGUAGAAGUUGAAGCUCAAAAGAGAAAGCAUAUUGAAACUAUAGAAGAAAAGAAGAGGACGGCACCUUCUUUAGUAAAAUCUGAUAUAAGGUACAGAAAGUACACAAUUGAGGAGAUUGAAGAAGCCACGGAAGAUUUCUCUCCGAGUCGCAAGGUUGGAGAAGGAGGUUAUGGCCCUGUUUACAAGGGAUCACUAGAUUAUACUCAAGUGGCAAUAAAAGUUCUAAGACCAGACGCAGCACAAGGAAGGUCACAGUUCCAGCAAGAGGUUGAAGUACUAACUUGUAUGAGACAUCCAAACAUGGUUCUCUUACUUGGAGCCUGUCCAGAAUACGGAUGUUUAGUCUACGAAUACAUGGCAAAUGGUAGCUUAGAAGACUGUCUGUUCAAAAGAGGAAACUCUACAAUCCUCUCUUGGCAGCUAAGGUUUCAAAUAGCUGCGGAAAUCGCAACUGGUCUUCAUUUCCUCCACCAAAUGAAACCGGAGCCUUUGGUGCACCGCGACCUUAAACCAGGGAACAUUUUACUCGACCAGCAUUUUGUCAGCAAGAUCUCUGAUGUUGGCUUGGCCAGGCUAGUCCCUCCAUCAGUUGCAGACACUGUAACUCAGUAUAGAAUGACUUCAACGGCUGGAACAUUCUGUUACAUUGAUCCAGAGUAUCAACAGACUGGCAUGUUGGGGACUAAAUCAGACAUUUACUCAUUUGGGAUUAUGCUUUUGCAAAUACUUACAGCUAAACCACCAAUGGGUUUGACUCAUCAAGUUGAGAGAGCAAUCGAAAAAGGAACUUUCACCAAUAUGUUAGACCCUGAUGUGGGUGACUGGCCAAUCGAAGAUGCCUUGGUUGCGGCAAAACUUGCUUUACAAUGUGCAGAAUUAAGACGUAAAGACAGGCCUGACUUAGGGAAUGUUGUAUUGCCUGAGCUUAACAGACUCAAGAAUCUUGCCGAAGAAAGCAUGCCACACAUAAACUUUGUUGGAAGCCAACAACCUUCACCGAGUAGGAACCGGAAUAACAACAAAAUCCAAAGUUCAUAUUCCACUACUUCACUACAGGUAUGA